CCUCGGUGUAUAACUAUUACAGAACCGCCUAUUCUCCUGUAGUUCAGACUGAAUAAAUUAAAUACUCAUGUUAUUUUACAAAAUCAUCCACCUGUGAAAGCAGUAUCGAAUUAUUUCAAGUGUGUAUUCACAUGAAGCCAUACUAAGAUAACUUGUUUAUACCAACCUUAGAAGCAUAUUAGUAAACUGAAUCAGAAGUUACAUGUUGGCACGUGCAGUGAAGAUUUUUUGUACCUGUUAAGCGAAAGGUGAAGUGAAUAAGAUAAUGACAUUGUUAAAAUACAUUGUACUUUUUAUUGUACACCAGACAGUGGUCAGUAUAAAAUACGAACCAAACUGGGACUCAUUAGAUACUCGUCCACUUCCUCAGUGGUACGAUCAGGCAAAACUCGGCAUAUUUAUUCAUUUUGGAGUAUUUUCUGUACCGAGUUUUGACCAUGUUCCGUCCUGGUUCUGGAAAUACUGGCAUGAUAAGAGUGACAUGCACAGUGUAGAAUUCAUGAAGAAAAAUUAUCCGCCUAGAUUUACGUACCAAGAUUUCGCAGCUGAAUUUACUGCAGAAUUCUUCAAUGCAGAGGAAUGGGCGGAAAUAUUCAACGCUUCUGGUGCAAAGUAUGCUGUACUUACUACUAAACACUGCGAUGGGUUUACACUAUGGCCGUCAAAAACAAGCUUCAACUGGAACUCUAACUCUGUAGGACCUAAGAGAGAUAUUGUAGGUGAAUUUUCCGCAGCCUUGCGUAAGAAAUCCAGUCUUAAAGUAGGACUAUAUCAUUGCCUACAGGAAUGGUUUAAUCCACUCUAUUUGAAGGAUAAAGAAAGUAACUAUACAGGACAGGAAUAUGUGAAGUUUAAAGUUCAACCGGCACUGUAUGAAUUGAUAAAUAACUACAAACCCGAAGUUUUAUGGUCUGAUAUGUGUGAACUGAAAGGUCCGGCGGAGUAUUACAAAUCUCAGGAAUUCUUAGCUUGGCUUUAUAAUGAAAGUCCAGUGAAGGAUACAGUUAUUACGAAUGACAGAUGGUGUGAAACAUGUUUUUGUAAACAUGGUGGCUACUUUACUUGUGCAGAUAAAUUUAAUCCUGGUGUUCUACAAAAGCAUAAAUUUGAAGGCGGUUUGACAAUAGACCGAGAUGCAUGGGCCUACCGACGUAAUGUGCAACUAAGUAAUUUUCUCAGUCCUCAUGACAUUAUUUCAAACCUCGUUUCCAUAGUAAGUUGUGGUGGAAAUAUGAUAUUAGAUGUUGGUCCUACAAAGGAAGGUAAAAUAACACCCAUAUUCGAAGAGAGACUUCGACAGCUUGGUCAAUGGCUUGGUUGUAAUGGCGAAGGGAUAUACAGUACUGUGCCAUGGAGCCAUCAAAAGGAUACAACUACUCGAUAUGUCUGGUACACAAUGAAGAAAACUGAUGAGAAAUUUGUUUAUGCUGUAGUGUUGUCAUGGCCACAAAAUAAUACCUUAACACUUGGGGCACCUAUUACUUCUACAAAUACCAUAGUUACUAUGCUUGGAUAUCCAGAGAAAUUCCAAUGGACUACAAGUGCUGGUGCACAAGGACUGAAUAUAACAAUACCAAAUAUAUGUUGGAAUAAGUUACCAUGUCAAUGGGCAUGGACUUUUAAAUUGACAAAUAUUCAAAACUGAAAGUAUACUCAGUUUAUAUAAAUUUGCGAGUGACAUUGUUAACAAUACAGGCAUGUGUUUUGUACAAAUCUUAUUUUUGAAGAAAUUACUUAGAUAUUGCAUAGAAUUAUUAUUGAAUUGUGUAAAACGAUGAAAAGCCUGUACAUGUGGUUAGUUUGCUGUCCAUUUAACAUACGAUAAAAACUUACUGAAAUUAAAACGACUAUUGCAAAAAUAUCAAGGAUAUAUUAAUAUAAUAUGGUAAUAUUAUUAAUGCAAAGGUUGGUCAUAUUAUAGUAAUGUAGACUUUGUUUGAACACUGUAAAUAUAGUUACUUUAUCAUGAUUGAAUUCUCGAUUCAAAGGAAUCUUUUUUUUUGCUUUUUAGAUUCCAGAAAACGUAAAGUUUUGUAGAUUUCUCAAAUAUAUCUCAAUGAAUUAAGAUGUGGGAUAUAAGAAAUAAUAUAUAUAUUUAAAUUUUGUAUUCGUAUUUGUAUUUGGUUGAAAACUACAUGUUGUACAUGAGAUUAACGAAAGAAGUGCAAUAAAUGUCAUACUUGA